GCAACCACACAGACCGCAACACGGGGGCAGCGAAUUAGUGGUCCUUAGCAUCUUCCGAGGCCUACAACCAUUAUGAAAAGGUGAGGCAAGCCGUGGGCUCUGCCUGGGAAAAACACAUAGAAGAAAAAGCCUGUCCAUAAUUUCUGGAGCUUGUGAGCCAGUGUCAACAGAUUCUGAGCUCCUAAUCCCUGCUCUAAGAGCCUAGACGGGCACCCAGCCCAUAAUUUGUAAUUCAAAACUCAGGAACUAUAGGUAGAAGACAUGGGUUAAACUCUGGCUCCGCCAAUCACCUGUCAGGAGGACACAACUCUACGUAGCCCUCGGGGCUGCUGUCUGACCUAAGAUGACCAAUGCGGGCACAUCGUGCUCAAUGCUCCACAGGUGUGUCUGUUUCCUUCUAAGGUCGCAGGGGCGCUUAUGAGCUAACGCCUGUGAAAGAGGCCUGCAAACGUCAAGCUCUGGACAAAUGUUAACUUCCAUUGUCACCCGACCGCCAAUGCUCCUGAGACCGAGAACAUAACAACUCCAGAGAAGUAAACGGAUCCCAUUGUUCGAAGAGACACUGGAGUCCAACCCAGUAAACAAUUAUGUGCCCCCCAGCCCCCUGGAGCAAUGAGGACAAUCGCUGCCAUUUAUUGGGGCUCCACUCGCAGGCCCUGUGUUUGUGCUGGGAAUACAAAGAUGAAUAGAGCUCGUCCUAGAGCCAGCAGCGCGUCAGAUGGCGGGCCCUAGCAGGCGCGGCGGAUGACCACGAGCCCACGACACGCGGAGAGCCAUGGGGAUUCAAGGCCUGGCCAAGCUAAUUGCAGACGUGGCCCCGGGCGCCAUCCGGGAGAAUGACAUCAAGAGCUACUUUGGCCGCAAGGUGGCCGUCGACGCCUCCAUGAGCAUCUACCAGUUCCUGAUUGCUGUGCGCCAGGGUGGGGAAACGCUGCAGAACGAGGAGGGAGAGACCACCAGCCACCUGAUGGGCAUGUUCUACCGCACCAUCCGCAUGAUGGAGAAUGGCAUCAAGCCCGUGUACGUCUUCGACGGCAAGCCGCCGCAGCUCAAGUCAGGCGAGCUGGCCAAGCGUGGCGAGCGGCGUGCGGAGGCAGAGAAGCAGCUGCAGCAGGCCCAGGCCGCCGGGGCGGAGGAGGAGGUGGAGAAGUUCACCAAGCGGCUGGUGAAGGUCACAAAACAACACAAUGAUGAGUGCAAGCACCUGCUGAGCCUCAUGGGCAUCCCACACCUCGAGGCCCCCAGCGAGGCGGAGGCCAGCUGCGCCGCCCUGGUGAAGGCCGGCAAGGUCUACGCUGCGGCCACCGAGGACAUGGACUGCCUCACCUUCGGCAGCCCCGUGCUCAUGCGGCACCUGACUGCCAGCGAGGCCAAGAAGCUGCCCAUCCAGGAGUUCCACCUGGGUCGCGUCCUGCAGGCGCUGGGCCUGACCCAGGAGCAGUUUGUGGAUCUGUGCAUCCUGCUGGGCAGUGACUACUGCGAGAGCAUCCGGGGGAUCGGGCCCAAGCGCGCAGUGGACCUCAUCCAGAAGCACAAGAGCAUUGAGGAGAUCGUGCGGCGGCUUGACCCCAGCAAGCACCCAGUGCCAGAGAACUGGCUGCACCGGGAGGCGCAGCAGCUCUUCCUGGAGCCCGAGGUGCUGGACCCCGAGUCUGUGGAGCUGAAGUGGAGCGAGCCUGACGAGGAGGGGCUGGUCAAGUUCCUGUGCGGUGAGAAGCAGUUCUCCGAGGAGCGGGUCCGCAGCGGCGCCCGGCGGCUGAGCAGGAGCCGCCAGGGCAGCACGCAGGGCCGGCUGGAUGACUUCUUCAAGGUGACCGGCUCGCUGUCCUCAGCCAAACGCAGAGAGCCAGAGCCCAAGGGGUCUGCGAAGAAGAAGGCGAAGACAGGGGCAGUGGGCAAGUUCAAAAGGGGGAAAUAAAGUCGCUGUGCCCGGACCUGGGGCGCCUCCCUCGUACCCUCAGAAGCCUCAGCGAGGAAGACGCCCGUGCCACCUUUUCACGGUGCCUCCCUAUCACGGGGGUCACAGUGGGAAGGUUGCCAAGCUGCCGCUUCCUCUUGUAGCUCAGGGAAGUGUUGGGCUUGCACCACCUCUGGUGGACUGGAUCCGUGUCAUGUGAUAGUGACAGCAGUGUGUCUUAAAGCAGAAGGGGGAGGGUGGUGGUGGGGACCAGAUGGCAGGGCACUGUGGCUGGCCAGCUGGGGGCCGAGGGGAGGCCAAGGCAGAACCUGCUGUGCUCUUUUCGCUCCACCUUUCCUCGACCCAGCCUAGAAGAGACGGGCAGGUGAGAGCAGGAGGCCCCGCGCUUGGAGCAAGGCUUGUGUGCAUCGUGAGGUGGCGGGAACCUGACCUGGUGCGUUCGGGCGCUGUGCAGAGGAGUACAUUGGUGUGCUCUUCCGGCCUUGCCGGUCAGCCCAGAGUAAGAUUGAACACUGGUUUCUUCUGCUGUUGUUUUAGAUGGGAAUGGGGGGAAAAUCAAUAAAA